ACAAAGCAAAACGUUCAAUUUAAUGAAUACGUUUUUGUAGAAAAUACAAAUUUUUUAAAAUAUUUUCUCAUACAUUUGAUACACAUCAGCAAACAAUAAUAUAAUUUAUAACAGAUCCUACUACGUGUACAAGAAUCAAAGUACAAAAUGUUUUUUAACAUUUAUUUAUUUCCUACAUUACAAUAAAUGUUUAGAUAUUACUAAUCUCAUUAUCAAAAAAAACAAUCACAAGGGUCGACUAAUUAUCGAAAAUGUUUCUUCACAAAAUAUCCAUGUCACUCCAAUAAAUUAAUGAAAUCAUAAGUACAAUAUAUAAUGGCUAAUAAAUUAAACUGAAGACAUAUUGUUAUAUAUUUUGACAAUAAAUGCCAUUAAUAGCCGUUUACGACUUAUAAAAUACGGAUAUGGAUCUUCUUUAAAAGAAAAAAAAAGAAAAACUAUUUUAGAAAAACAUUUUGUGGUAUGAAACCAGAUAAAAGAAUAUUUUUCUGACAAUGAAACAUUUUAUAAUCUAGAAUAAGGUAUGCAUGCCUAACGAAAGCUCCUAAAGGAGAUUUCAAUUUAACAUAAAUAUUUUCAAGAAAAAGUAAACGUAUUUGUAAAAAAUCUUAUUUUUAUAAAUAAUCAUCUAGAAAAAAUUUCUGAAGAUAUACUACAUUAUGUGAUUGAAUAGCGUAAGUAUGUGAAGCAUAAGCGGUGAAUUUUCGUAAUUGAAACUGUAUACACCUUGUCAAAUAGUAAUAAGAUUGGAUGAAACAUAAUUAUAAAAGUCUGUUUGUACAUGAUAAAAUGAUUGAAAUUGUAUCCAAUUAUAUUUAUAAUAAUUUUUGGUUCACGUAUACAUAUUUACUUAAUAGAGGAUAUGUAGAUAUUGUGUAAAGAUGAUCGUGCAUGUUUUAUAUCAAUACAUAGAGAAAAUAAUAAAUUGUGCGGCAUGUACUACAAAUUUUAUAAUUAUUCAUUUGCAAUAAUUUCAUUCAAUAUAGAAAUUUCACAUCUUUUUUGUCAUUCCAUGUAUAUAGGUACCAUCUUUUCAUUCUCGCCUAUUGUAUUGUCAUGUGUUAAAAUCAAGAGAAACAUGCAAAGGUCGCGAACUUAUAAAUGUAGUAGGAAAUAUUUUCGUUGUUAAGCCCGUGAAUAGCAUAAUUGAUGAGAAAUGUCAGUUAUUUCAAGGAGAGCAAGUUACAUACGAUAUGCUUUGUUUGUAUCACUGGAACGCGUUAAAAUAUUCUGUUUGAUUAUGAUAUUUCUUUGGAAUUCAAAAAUAGAAGUUUUUCUAUGACAAAAGAUAAUUACUGAAAUAUUUAUUUUUGGAUAUGACAAUGUGGUGGAGACAGUAGAUUAUUAUCGCUUAUAAAAUUUUCGUAAAAUAAAAUAAUCUAAAAAACUAAAUAUUGAAAAUUUAUAUACAUCAUAUUUUAUAAUAAAAUUAUAUAUUGUCAAAGGUAUACAACUAUAUUUGGACUUAUGGUUAUAUCACUAUCACAAAUAUCACUAAAAACGCGUAAGUUUGUAACUAAUGAACGAUUUUGAUUUCAAACUUAACUAAAACCUUUUAUUGAUUUUUUAAGUAAAGGGAUAUCAAUCAGGAUAGUGUUUUUAACCGUAGCAGACAGGAAAAGUGUAAUUAUGCGACUAUCCCACAUGUGUAGUCAUAAAAAAGUAUUGUGCUAGUUUGGUCUAUCUAUAGCUGUGGUGAAAGUCCUACUAAAUGUAUGUACAUACGUAUAUGUACAUACAUCUACAAGAGAGGAAAAUCUACAGUUGGAACAAAUCCAUAAGGCACGAUACGUUAACCACCAAACAGAACAAGAUUAAACACACGUUACAAGGGUUGCUUUCUCGAUUUCUAAAUUUUCUUCUGCUUUAUUUAAUUGGUCUGGGAUGCCCAGGAUCCGGGAAUUGAGAUAAAAAAAUAAAUACGCAUGCGCUUUGUGAAAGAAUUUAUAUUCGGCUGCUAUAUUUCUCCACUUACCAUACUAUGACGCUGUGACAGUUGAAUUCAUGAUAGGUUAAGUACUGUGUGCGUGACUGUUUAUUUUUUUUAAACUCCGUGAGUGAUUAAAAGGAAGCAGCAAAGAAUGUCAGAUAUAGAGCAAGUCUUUAUAAAAGAAGAAAUUUUCUUAGGAGAUGAUGAAGAAGAAGAAGAAGAAGAAGAAGAAGAAGAAGAAGAAGAAGAAGAAGAUGACGUGAUUCCAUGUGAACCUGGAGAUGUACUCGAUGUUGAAAAUGGAAAAAACUCACAACAUGUACCUCAAUACUCUAAAACACUGUAUUGGAAUGCUUAUAACAUUUUCAAGCAGUGGAUGGACUCUAGAGGCGUGGAAAGCAUUUCUGAAGAAAUCUUAUUAUACUACUUCGAAGAAUUGUCUAAAAAAUAUAAACCUCCAUCUCUUUGGAGCAAAUACUCAAUGUUGAGAAGUACUCUUAAAGUCAAAUAUGAUAUUGAUAUUCAUGACUAUACACGGUUGUUGGGUUACUUGAAAGAGGAAAACAAAGAUUAUAUACCAAAAAAAUCUGAGGUAUUAACUGUAAACAAUGUGAAAACCUUUUUGAGUGAAGCUCCUGAUUACGAGUACUUAGCUACAAAGGUAGCAUUAAUUAUUGCUCUAUUUGGAGGUUGUCGCCAUUGUGACCUAGUCAAACUUUCCAAUAAUGAUGUUGAACAACAUGGCGAAAUUAUGAAAAUCACAUUAAGAAAUAGAAAAAAUAAUACAAUAAAAACAUUUAUCAUCGAAGGAGAAAUGCUUCAACCAAUAUUAAACUACAGAUCACUGAGACCAAGAAAUGCUACAUAUGAUCGAUUCUUUUUAUCGUAUAGAAAUGGUAGAUGUAUCAAUCUACCACUUGGAAAAAAUAAAUUUGGAUCAAUGCCCAAAGAAAUAGCACACUUUCUCAACUUACCAAAUCCAGAGCUGUAUACAGGCCAUUCAUUUAAAAGGUCAUCAGCAACUUUGUGUAAAGAACGAGGCAUUUCACUGGCUGAUUUAAGGAGACUGGCUGGAUUUCAUAAAUCUAUAUCAUCCUCCAAAUGUACUCAAGAAUCAAUUAGUCUCAAAAGAAAACCAGAUGAUGAAGCUACAAAAGUUAUUCCUGGACCAUCAAAUCUAAAUAGAGUAUUGGAACUACCACCAAAAGUACCAAAAUUAAUUGAAGCUUCCCCACAGUUGAAUGCAAAUACACAAAUCUAUGUGUCUACUUUGCCAGUUAUCAAUGAUAAAAUAACACUAUACUCAUAUUGGAGGAGCUCUUGUUCAUACAGAGUGAGGAUAGCUCUGAACCUCAAGGAGAUCUCGUAUGAUAUAAAACCAAUCAACAUAGAAAAAGGUGGCGGUGAACAGCACAGUGAUGAAUUUCGAAAGGUCAAUCCGAUGGCACGGGUCCCGGCACUCCAUAUUGACAAUCAUACAUUAAUUGAAUCUCUAAAUAUUUUACAAUACUUGGAGGAAACCAGACCAGAUCGUCCGUUAAUGCCAGCAGAUCCAGUCAAAAGAGCUAGAAUUAGAGAACUAUGCGAAAUAGUCGUAUCUGGAAUUCAGCCUUUACAAAAUGUCGGUGUUCUAAGUCAUUUAACAGAUCAACAAAAGAAAGAAUGGCCACAGUUCUGGAUAACUCGGGGUUUUAUGGCUGUAGAAGAGCUGUUAUCAUCGUGUGCUGGAAAGUAUUGUUUUGGAGAUGAAAUCACUUUAGCAGAUUGCUGUUUGGUGCCACAAUUAUAUAACGCAAGAAAGUUCCAAAUAGACGUGAAAAUGUUUCCAAAAAUAUUGCAAAUUGACAAAAAUUUGGAAAAACAUCCUGCUUUUAUUGCAGCUCAUCCUGAUAAUCAAAUUGAUUGUCCAUUGAAAGUGAAAAAGUGAAAUAACAGAGCAAAUAAUUUUCGUUUACUGGUGCACAGUGAUGAAAGUUAAUAAUGUGUGAAAAAUACAAAAAACCAGCAGGUAAAAUUGAUUAUUCUAAGGCUUUUAAAUUUAAGUACCUGCUAAUAUCAUGCGUUCAAAAACGUUUUUGUCAGAACAUUAUUGCAAGGAUUAACGAAUAUUUUGACUAAUCACGAGAUGCAAUUUUAUGACUAGACAUUUACAUUUCAUGAAAUGUACAUUUCUUGUAAGGUGAAUAUAACUGUUCAAAAAUACAUUUUAUUUUAUAGACGAAAGAUUUGUAAUAAGUAUAACAACAGUUAAUAAAUCAUAUUUAAUGAUAUGUGUAACCAAUGCAAAAUAUUCGUCAGUGAUUGUUGUUUUCCCAUUAAUUAUAUAAAAAAGAUCUUAUUUUCCUGACUUUCUUCACAAUGCAUGACAAUGAAAGCAAAUAAGAAUAAAUAUGCAAGAAGAUUUUAAAUAUUUUUAAAAUAAAAGCUCAUGUUAGUAAUUGAACUCCUAAAACUUCCUUUUCAAAAAAAUGAAGCUUUCAAAUGACGAUAUGUAAGUUAUUAGAAAAUGGUUUAAAAUUUAUAAUGGAAGCUAUUUUUAAGACAUACUUCAUAAAGAAUGCAAAUCAUUUAUUUACAAUAUAAAUAUUUUGCGUAAGACAAGUAAAAUGAUGUAAUAUAUUCUUUAUUGGAGAAUGGCCUACGUUAAGUUCGUUCAUGCCCAUAUAAGAGUUGCAAUGUGUAACGCGCUCAAUCUUUGGAAAAUAAAAAUGUCUGUGGGUGUGUGUAUGCGUGCGUGCGUGGGCGCGCGCGCGCGUGUGUGUGCGUGUGUGUGUGCGUGUGUGUGUAAAAAGAAAAAGCAAUUUUUCUUGACAUAACAAUUAAUUGUGUGAUUAAAAAACAUAAAGAGAAACAAAGUGAUGCAUUUUUGUAACUGAAGCUAUAUAACAUGCCAAAUAAUAAUAAGUUGAAUGAAAUCAGAACAAGCCUGUGCAUGAUAAAAAUAUGAAACUUAGCUUCUUAUACUUACUAUUUUCAAAUAAAUAUAUAUUACUUAAAG